CACUGCAGUCUUACCUUUCUUUACCUUUGCUCUGCCGCCGCAGUCUUUAAAAACAAUAACUAAACUUAGACUAGUAACAGCAACAAUAUGUGUGUUUCAUGCUGGCGGAUUGUCAUUUUUUUGCGGUUUCACAUGUUCUAUCAUACACUAAUGCGGAAAAUAUAACGGUGUGUUAGAAGCGCGCGUUUGACGGGAUUUUAGUGCCUGGGAGUUUCCCCCGCCGUCUGUUCCUGUUCUUUUUGUUUGUUUUUUUGGACAGUGAGCUUUUACCGUUAGCCGACAAAUUCAAUUCUAAGAAAAGGCAAAGGAAAAGCUGAGAAAAUAAGUAAAAUAAGUGUAAGUAAGAGAACGAGCAAGGAAAAAACAAAUGUGAAUAGUAAAACGGAAUGAAGAACGAUGUUUUGUCUACAAUUUAUAUAAGCAUAAUAGCAUAAUUUACUAUCCACACAAAAACACAUACGCAAACACACACAAUGAGAGAGAAACGCUCCUAAAACGACGAACAAUAAAAAGUACUAAUAAAUACAAUUUUACACAUUCCAUUUUCGAUUCUGUUGUGUGUGAAAAACUAUAAGAUAGAUAGAGAGAGAGAGAGAAAAAAACCAACGGCAAAUAACAAAAAUCAUAGACUACGAAGCAGAAGACGAAAAGGCAGAGGAAGAAGCCGAGUAAAGAUAAAUACACAGCAAUUUCAACUAAAUAAAGUUUACAAUCCACUGCCAGACAGUCCAAAAGGGACCAUUGGCUCCAUAAAUCUGUGUUCUUGUGCGCCACUUGUUGCUCUUCUUAUACUUACCACCACCCAAAUCACGCCGUAUCGUGCAGAAAGAGGCGGCGGCUGGUCGCGUGAGGGUGACAACUCUGGCAUGCAGUUGACAGGAAGCUGGUCACACUCCAACUCCACUUCCGCUCUAACAGCUGACGACGACCUAAAGAGCAGCAUCCACCAUUCAACUGAGAAGGGGACGGAGCCGGGGACUGGGACUGCGACUGGAGUGCAUUCACCAUGGACGACGAGCUAUGUCGUAUUUGCAUCGGCUCUCACGCGAGCGGCAGUCCCAUGCAAAUGAUUUCAAUAUUCGGCGAGGACUCGCUCUGGCAGAAGAUAACCACACUGGCCAACGUCCAGAUCAGUAAGAACGACACAUUGCCGCAGCAGGUCUGCGUGGAGUGCGCCAAGACAGCGAUCUCGGCCUGUCUGUUCAAGAAGAAGUGCGAGGAUGCGGACAACUUUUACCGCCAGCAACUACUGCUGAAGAAGAUCGAGGGCGACGCGGAGAGGCAGAAGGCGGGAGGAGAAAACCGAAAAGAGGAAGCCGGAUCGGGGGAUCGGGCAAAGAGCAGAGGCUGCAGCACUGCCAGCAGCAGUGGCACCGCCAGCGGCAGCGGCAGUGGCAGUGGCACCGGAAGCGGAAGUAGCUCCUCCAGCAGCAGCUCCGACGAUGACGAAGAUGAGGACAAUGAUAACGCAAAUGGCAAUGGCAAUGAAGAUGAUCAUGAUAAUGCGAGCGCUGCUGGGGAGUCUGAGGAGCGCCUACAGAAUGGUCAUGGGCAUGCCAUUAACGGGAACCUGGUUGAGGAUCCCAAUGAAGAGGAUGCGGAGGAUGAGGAGCAGGAGGAGCAGCAGCAUCAGUUUGAUCUGGAUGAUGGGCAGAGGCCACUGCUCGAUAACGAGCAGCAGGAUCAGUCAGGCAUUGAGCUCAGCAAUGGUGUGGGUCUGGGUUUGGGCGAUGGGGAAGACGAGGACUUGGCGGUGAUGCACCAUGGAGAGUCACCCGACCAGCACGACGAUGGCGAGAUAACUGUCCAAGAUGGCCACCCCAAGGAGCCGUUCGACUUUAACUCGAUCCGCCUGAUGCAGGAGUACAUGCAGCACCAGAUGAAUAAGUUCCCCAAUGGCGCCGGUUUGCCUGGCCACGACCAGGAUCUCGACCAUCAGCACGAAGUGGAUGAGGAUGACGAUGACGAGGAGAUGACACUGCCACUGAUACCCGAAAUCGAGCUGAUUACGCCCGGCGAUGAUUCUAUGAUCGGCCCAGACAUGGCUGCCGAUCACUCAGAGGCCAUGGCGGCGGCGGCCCAUGAGGCUGGACAACAGGUGAUGCGCGGUACACCAGGAUUCCAGUGUCCGCACUGCUACCAGACCUUUGACAUGAAACAGAUCCUUAAGGCGCACAUGCAGAGCGUCCACGGGGCUCCGGGGCCCGUCUACGAGUGUAGCAAUUGCCGCAAGACCUACUUCUACAAGCGUUUCCUGGAGAAGCACAUCCGGCGUGGUCGUUGCGUAAAGAAGCGGCGCAACCAAACUCGGCCCAUGCAAUGUUCGGACUGCCAUGUCCUCUUCCCAACGGGCCACCAUCUGGGCUGGCACAAGCGCACCGGAUGUCCCUCCAAGGCUGCCAAGAUGCCGCUGCAGCAGCUCUUUAAACAGAACAUUGUGCAGUUUAACAACUUCCCCAAGCGUGUCCCAGCCACUGGAGGCGGAACAGGUGGAGGAGCUGGAGCUGGGGCAGGAACAGGAACAGGAUCAGGGCCAGCACGUAAGCCAACAGCACCAGAUCUGCACGUGAACAGCCGCAAACUGGGCUUGGUUAACAAGCGGAAGGGGCGCACUCGCAUCAAGCUGGACGCCAAGAAAAUCGCCCUGGCCAAGCAACUAAUCCUGCGUGAGGCCACCACCACGGUAAUCGCCAACGAGCUGAACAUUUCGCGCACUUUUGCCUGGCGUCUGCGCAAGAGCCUCGUCAACGGAGUCAGUCUGCACGAGCGUGUGGUGGACCAGGCCGCUGAGGAGCAGCUCCAGCAGCAACACCAGCAGCAUAUCCACGCCAUGCAGCAGCAGCAGGAAGAGGCUGCAGCUGCCAUUGCGGCAGCAGCUGAGCGGGAGCGGGAGCAUCAGCAUCUGAGUCUGCCCUAUGGCCACCUUGGCCUGGGCCUGAUCAAGGAGGAGCGACAGGACAGCGAUGAUGAGGAGCAGCAGGAACAGCAGCAGCUCCACCACCCUCACCCUCAGCAUCAGCACCAGCUCCACAGCUCGCUGGCCUUGGGCGACGAGUGCGGCGCGGAUGAGAUUGGUGCAGAAGAGACGGCCGGCUACAUGGGCGACGAGGAUGCUGUGUGCAGUCUGCUCCACAAUGGAUACGAUAUGCGCGGCCAGCUGGAAGACCCCGAUCCGGACUCUGAUCCCGUCGAGCACGACUCCUACGAGGGCAACGAAAACGAGCGUCAUUCCAAUACGGGCGGGGCCAACUCUGUCUCGCUCCCGCCCCCGCCAUUGGCCACGGCUCCGUCUCAGGUGCCAGUGCAUGUGCCUUCGCGACCCACUGUCGAGGUCUACAAGCGUCUGCUGGCCGAGUCGCAGCAUUUUCCACACAUCGUCAACGCCCAGCAGUUGCAGCUGCACCAGCAACAGCAGCAGCAUCGGGAGCAGCUACAGCAUCAUCAGCAGAAGCCAGCCCACAAUGGAGCAAUGCCGCUGCUCACCCGUUAUCCGCCCGCCGUCACCCAUGCUCUACCCGUGAACCUGUCCCUACGCUCCAUGGCCCACAUGAACAGCAACGAGAGCAACUGCAGCAACAGCAGCAACACCAAUGUCGCCGUCCCAACGCCCCAUGUCGGAGCGACAGCAACGCCAUCGUCAGCCUCAAUCUCAACAGCGACAGGGUCGGGCUCUAGUUCUGGUUCGGCGAAGAAGCCGCGCAAGCCGAACGUCUUUAUCGAUGACGAGAAGUACGCCAUGGCCAAGUUGCUGGUGGCACAGAAUUCAUCCACCAUGGAGAUAGCCCGAGCGCUUAACGUAUCGCAGAUGACGGCAUGGAAGGUGCGCGAUGCCAUACUGAAGGGCGUGCCGCUCUCCUAUCGCAACAAGCGCACCGACGGACGCCAUUCGGCGCUAGGCGACGAUUCGCGCGUUACAGAUGUAGCCAACGUCAAGGAGCAGCAAUUGGCACAGCAGGAGCAGGAACUGCAGCAGGCACACCAGCGGCAACAGGCAUUGCAGAAGGCGCAGCAGGAGCGGCAAGAGCGUCAGCAGCAACUUGAGCAGAUGGAGCGCAUUAAGCAGCAGCGCCAGCGGCAGGAGUUGAUCCGUCAGCAACAGCAGCAGCAGCAACAGCAGCAACAACAACAGCGGCAACAGCAACAGUUGCGUCAUCAGACGCCAGCGGACACAUCACACUUUCAACAGCAGCCUCAACCGCACCAGCAGCAGCACCGUCAGCUGCCACCACCAAAGUUGCCACUGCCGCGACGCCGCCUGAAAGCCGCCGAACGGGAGCUACGGGACAAGAACAUCACCCGGGAGAUACUCGAGCUGAUCGAGGAGGAUAGCAACAUCCAGUAUUGGAAAGUGUCGGCCCGGCUGGCCGAGAAGGGCAUCAACAUUUCGCCAUCGUCCGUCUGCCAGAAACUCAAGUCGAUGGGCAUUCAUCGUCGCUGGAAGCCAGGCGACAAGCCCUCCAUGCUGGCCAUUAGCCAGAUAAAAGCGGCCACAGUUGCAGCGGCGCUGGCAGUCGGAGGAGUGGGAGGAUUGGGUGUGGGCGUGGGUGCCAGCGGUGGAGGGGGAAGUGGCAGCCACAGCUUUGGCGGAGUCGAUGAUGGCUACGAGCAGCAGCAAUUCGAUAUGGGCGGACCACACUUUCUCAGUGCCUUUACGCGCUAAAUGAAUGACCAUCACCUACUGGCACCUCAUCGGCAUUCUCCGUGCACCGCACUGCACCGCCUGGCACAACUGCACCAUGCUCCAUAAUUUUAGGUAUUAGGAAAAAACGUUGGAUAGCUCGGCACAAUUUGUAUUUUUUAUAAAGUAUUUGAGGCAGAGAUGGGUGGAACGCUCUCUGCAAUAUGAAAUUGUAUUCAAUAUGAGAUAUACACUGGUUCGGUUAAUCGCGCCGCGCGUCAUGCGGCAGUGCCCCUCGUAACAG